GGCAUCAUGAAUUUCUAGUGUUCGAUAGGACCAGCACAAAAUGGAUGGAAGGGACGCAUUCUCACUUCUUGAAAAUGGAAAACAAGUGGAUAAUAGAGUGAUGCAGAGCUUCCAGAGGAGCUUUGUGCAAGUGCAAAGCCUCUUGGACCAGAACAGGUUGCUCAUCAAUGAGAUCAACCAAAACCAUGAGUCAAAGAUCCCCGAAAACCUCGGCCGUAAUGUUGGAUUGAUCAGGGAGCUCAACAACAACAUCCGCCGAGUGGUCGACGUUUACUCUGAACUCUCCCUCUCCUUCUCCAGUCCAAUGGAGGUCUCCCCUGAAGGCAAGCUUGGCCCCAAGAGACUUAGGCCUGGUUAACAAUCAGCAAGCUGUUUAAUCAUCAUGUGAUGCGGAAAUCCUCUAAUUAUUGUUAUUGUUUCUUCGAAGUGAACAAGUUUACAUCUUGCUCAUGUGAUGUGAAUCAGUGUCCUACUAUUACUGAAGGGGGAAAAAACAACUUUGGCUAUUGUUUUUUUCCUUUUGCUUUUUUUUUA